AUCCGUCAGAGCACUACAGCAAGUUAACAAGUUCAAAUCAGCAGCUCGUUCGCUGGCGCCUUCGGCCAACGCGGUCAAAGAGUUUGGUUCGACAUCCGUAAUUCGUCUGCGACGAGGGAUUGCUUAUGGGGUUUCCGCUGCAUCUGAUGCUUGCUGAGAUGACCAGCCCUGCAUAGUGUGCUUGACCACUAGUUUUCACUGCGUGCUAGACCGGCUUUUUUCACUCGAUGUGCCCUGACGAUGAUGCUAUCAGGAUCCUUAUUGUUCGCCGAGUUCGCCUCGCUGUUCGCCGAGUUCGCCCGUGAACCCCCUCCACGGACCUCGCUGCGACUCCUCAACCCGCCUCGUCGUGCCGCCGAGUUUGAGAGUCUUUUCGCCUUCGCGGACAUCGCAGCGGUAAGCCAAUAGCUUUGGGCGUGGCUCAAGUGAUCAGCUGGCCUGGCCAAGCCGAACGUGAUACCCGGAUGACAACCAGCCACGCCCAGCUUGUCAGCCACAUAGUUUAGAGCUUCAUGAGAGUCCACUUGGUUAGUGUGGGGUUAUGUGUGUUGGGCUGGAUGUUUCUCGUGUGCUUCGUGCACGGCACGAUUGUGAACGCACUGGUGGUGCAUGUGCCCACCGGAGGGCUUAACAAGAAUCUUCGUGCACGGCCGCACGUUGUAGGUCAGUGUACUUGGUGGGGUUGCAUGUGCUGCUGGACUCGCCAGUCCGUUCGUAUGCCGCUGCCCACCGGAGGGCUGUACUCGGGUUGACUAUGCGCGGUACGACCGCCGGAUAUUUUGCAUGCUGAUCGCUUACUUGUGCGAUAGGCCCACCGGAGGGCUUGACUUGGUCGCGCGUGCGUAGGCGCGGCAUGUGUGACAUUGGCACACGCACGAGUACGGUAUCAUGCCUGCUGAGGGCUUGCGUGUGGGGUUGCGCGUGCUGGGCACGCUGAGCGCUUCGUAUGCACACUGCUGCCCACCGGAGGGCUGUACUCGGGUUGACUAUGCGCGGCACGAUCGCCGGAUUAUUUGCAUGCUGAUCGCUUUACUGGUGCACCGGAGGGCUUGGUUUGGUCGCGCGCGCGUAGUCGCGGCAUGUGUGACAUUGGCACACGCACGAGCAUCAUGCCUGCUGAGGGAUUUGCGUAUAGGGUCGCGCGUGCUGGGCACGCUGAACGCUUCAUAUGCACACUGCUGCCCACCGGAGGGCUGUACUCGGGUUGACUAUGCGCGGUACGACCGCCGGAUUAUAUGCAUACUGAUCGCUUACUUGUGCGAUAGGCCCACCGGAGGGCUUGGCUUGGUCGCUCUCGCGUCCGUAGGCGCGGCACAUGUGACAUUGGCACACGCACGAGUAUCUUGCCUGCUAAGGGACUUGCGUAUGGGGUUGCGCGUGCUGGGCACGCUGAACGCUUCGUAUGCACACUGCUGCCCACCGGAGGGCUGUACUCGGGUUGACCCGCUGUACUUGUGCGAUAUGCCCGCCGAAGGGUGUUACACGGUCGUGCGUACACGGUCGUGCGUACAUAGAGGUGGCACGACAUUUAAACACUCGUGUCACGCCCACUGAGGGAUAUGUGUAUGAUACGUGGUAUGUGUAUCUGCUUUUGCAUGAGCUGGACACGCUGGUAACUUCAUAUUUGCGCGACUGCCCACCGGAGGGCUGUGGUUGGUUGCAUUGCGCUCGGCACGAGCGCCGCCGUACUCCCACGAUGUACAGUACGCUUGCCAGCUGGUACCCCCGGACUAUGUAUGCAAGGCAUAGUGGCUGCGACACUCUCGCGGGGCGCACAUGCUGUGCAUUAUUGCCCGCCAGAGGGCCCCACGUGUAUUGAUGUUGCUCGCACGUUUUAUACGUCUAGUACGCCGGUAUGCGUUGGCGGCCAGCAAGUGCUCUGUCUCAAGACAGUAUCCGCGCAGAAUGUAAUCGGAAGCCCGCAUAGGGUUUGCUAUAUGCGGCGCUAGCUUCGGUCGUGCGCUGAGGCCCACCGGACUGAUUGAUGUGAUGUGACUCCGCUGGCAGUGGUCGCUGUAUAUACAAAAGACUUUCAAGCACUAUGCCGGACUAUGCCGGACAUACCGCUCCCGCGUUGCUUGCCCGUCAGGUGGCGUGGUGAUUGCAGACUCAUCAUGGGGCAUGUGAGCAUGUCAGUUGUGCGCCAAUGCGUGCCGGAGGGCUACACGGUCUCCGCUUGGAUUAUUCUGGCAUGGCAUGUAUGCAUGAGCGAGCGCGCUCUCUUGACCGGACGCCGGACACGCACCGGAGGGCUUGCUUAUGUGGCUAGUGGCGGCGCGCCCACUAGACGCGCCAGUUGUGCGUGCGCUCAGGCCCGCCAUAUCGAUUGACUUCCCGUGACUGUAUGUCAAACGACUUUCAGACUUUGUGUCAGGCACGUGUGCGUGGCCUUUGAACUCUAGGCCUGCCGGACAUACCGCUCCUGCGUCGCUUGCCCGUUAGGUGGCUAUGCUAGCACUGCUCAUGCAUGACACGGUGGCUGCGGUACUCAUUAUAGGGCAGAUCAGUUGUGCGGUAAUUCUCGCCGGAGGGCUUCGCGGUCUCCGCUUGGAUUACGGUACACCGGUACCGGUACCGGUAUGGCAUAAGGGCGCAAUCCCCUUUUAAGCCGGACGCCCACCAGAGGGCUUGCUUAUGUGGUUGGUGGCGGUGCGUCCACUACUGAGGUCCACUAGACCCGCCAGUUAUGCGUUGGGGCCCGUCUGAUUGACGUGCUGUGGCUCGGCCAUAGGCGGCCGCCGUAUGUACAACAACUUUCGGGCACUGUGUCGGGCACGUGCGCGGGGCCUUUGACUUUCAGGCAUGCCGGACAUACCGCUCCUACGCCGCUGCCCGUCAGGUGGCUGUGCUAGUAAUGCUCACGCAUGACAUGCAUGGUUACAGCACGUAACCUGUCUAGGGCUUGCCCGUUGCUACCCGCCGUAAGGAUUUGGCGUGGAAGUGUGUGUGUGUGGUUAAAAGGUGGUGAGCACGACGUGCAUUCCUGUCCCUGUUGAAACCGAGGCCUGGGCCGGACAUGUGUGGCCAUUCCUUACCUUUCAUGUGCAUGGACUACUGUGUGUGUGGAACACGAUCGCCGCGUGACUCUACCUCAGGUUGAUGCAUGCAUGGAAUGAUGAAACCCGUCAUGGACCGUUGAAGGCUUAGCUGCCGUCACUGCCGCCCGCUUGCUUUGAGUGUGCACGUGCACGUGUGCACGGGACGACAACUUCUGCAUGACGUACGCUUUGUCUACCCGCCUGUGGGCCUGCGCUGGCCCUGCGUCACGCGUGGGCGUGCCUGCUGUUCCUCGGCACGGAUGGUUGCAAUAUUGCAAUUCUUGCUGUGUCUUCGGGCCCGCUGCAUGGCUUGUAAUGUGUUAUGUCG